UACGGAGUACCGUUCACUACUCUUACUGUGUACAGUUACUCGUAUGUACCUAAUGUACCAAGAGUCCCUAACCCACGCUCUUCCCCAUCUUCCUCUUCCUCCUCAUCGUCCUUCUCCUCUUCUUAUUCUUUCCCUUCUCCUUCUAUUUCCAACCCCUACCUCCCCUCAACCUUCGCCUUCCGCCUUCGCCUUCGCACUCCCUGUCCGCCUGUCCGCCUGUCCGCCUGCCUAAUCCCCCCUUCGCCGCUCACCUUGCAACGCCAUGUUUCAUUGCAGGUGAUGUGAUGUAAUCAUGGUGCCGCGAGUACCAGAGCCGCGCCCGGAGCUUACCCGUCAUGUCUCCGCAGCCUCCAAGCUCUCCGUCCCAUCCUCAUCCCAGUCCAACGAGGCCGAUGACGAACAGAGCAUCUCAGAGCAUCCCUCCGACAUGGACAAUGUCACUGCUCCACCUCGCUUCGAGGGCGACGACACCCGCCUGACCAGCGACAAGGAACUAUCAGGCUUCUACAUGUAUGGCUGGGCCGCAGAGGUGUUCGUUGUCUGUGGAAUUGGAAGCUUCAUCCCCGUUACCCUUGAACAGCUUGCGAGAGAGAAUGGCGUUCUUUUAUCCGACCGUACCACUUCGUGCAAAUCGACUCUUCACCCAAGCCCAUCUUCAUCAUCGUCCUGGUCCACACCAGUUCACCCAGACAAAGGCCAAUGUGUAGUCUACAUACUAGGCAUCGAAAUCAACACGGCAAGCUUUGCAAUGUACACAUUCUCUAUCAGCGUCUUAAUUCAGGCGCUUCUUAUAAUAUCCAUAUCCGGAGCAGCUGAUCAUGGUCGCUUUCGAAAGACGUUCCUGCUCUGGUUCGCCUUCAUAGGAUCGAUAUCCACCAUGUUAUUUCUUCCAAUCGUUCCUCGAGUCUACAUUCUCGGCGCUUUACUGGCAAUAAUCGCAAACACCUGCUUCGGUUCGAGCUUCGUUCUCCUGAAUUCCUUUCUACCGCUGCUCGUGCGCAACCAUCCUACUGUCAAGUACGCCAAUGACUCACAGCACUCAUCCUAUCUGGACGAUGAGGACUUGGACGAUCCGUCACUUAUCGAAGAAGCGCAUUUCUCCAAUGAGCUUGCGGCCUCGGAGAAUGUAUUGGACAGCGUGGCAGACGCGACGACCGCACUACUUCCGCGAAACCACACCUCUCCUGACCUCACCGUGCCAAACCCCCGCUCUCAUGCGACUCCAUCCCAGGAACUGGCACUGUCUACUAAGAUCUCCUCUUAUGGCAUUGCGAUCGGCUACAUCGCAGCUUUACUGGUGCAGACACUAUCGAUUCUCAUCGUCAUUUUUUUUCAAAGUGGGAACUUCAGUUUGCGGCUCGUACUAUUCAUCAUUGGAGCGUGGUGGUUUGUCUUUACCAUUCCAACUGCAUUCUGGCUCCGUCCUCGGCCAGGACCACCGCUCAAGAUCGCGACCCAAGCAAGUAACUUCCAUACUGGACUAGCAUACUUUGUGUAUUCAUGGAAACAACUUGGCCGCACUGUAAAGCAUGCGCGCAUGCUGAGAGAUGUACUCACCUUUCUUGCCGCGUGGUUUCUACUAUCAGACAGCAUUGCGACCGUGUCUGGGACGGCUAUCUUAUUUGCCAAAACCACCUUGGGCAUGUCUUAUGCUAUGCUUGCCCUAAUCAACGUUAUUGUUACACUCUCGGGUAUCAUCGGUGCUUUCACCUGGUCCCGGAUCAGUAUAUUUAUGUCGCUCCGCCCCUCACAGACGAUCCUCGCCUGCAUCGUCCUCUUCGAAAUGAUUCCAAUCUACGGUCUUCUCGGCUAUAUCCCUGCAAUACGUCGCUUUGGUUCAUUCGGGCUGCAGCAACAAUGGGAAAUGUAUCCUCUGGGCGCCGUGUAUGGCUUUGUUUUGGGUGGCCUCAGUAGUUAUUGCAGGAGUCUUUAUGGUGAACUUAUUCCUCCUGGCUUCGAAGCCGCAUUUUAUGCGUUGUACGCGAUCACGGAUAAAGGGAGUAGCGUGUUUGGCCCUGCAAUUGUUGGUGCCAUCACAGAUGCUUAUGGGGAGAUACGUCCCGCAUUUUGGUUUCUCGCACUAUUGGUCGGAUUGCCAUUCCCGAUAAUGAUGUGUGUGGAUGUGGAAAGGGGCAGGAAGGAGGGCAUAGCAUUGGCGAAGGAGCUCGAACAACUAAGUGUUCCUCUAGAGGAGGAACCUUCCGCCCUGGCAGGAGAUCGAACGCCACCUUUGGAGCGAGAUGAAGCAUAACUACCUGGUAUAAUGGGAUAAAUCCAUACAUGCAGCUUUCCAUUUUGCGUCGUGCAUUUCAGCAAGCGACUGGCGCAGGUUCAAGAU